CUCGACACUUCGCACUGCCGUCCUCCGUUACGUGGUUGCCAGGUCGCACUUGCCGGAUACGUUUGUGCACAUCAUCCGGAUGACUGUCAAAUGAAGGGGCACCAAAAUAGAAUCGUCGCUGCUGGCGUGGUGGGUUUCACAGUUGGUUUUUGCAGGUCGGUCAUGGCGAUGGCCAGCACGAUGUCGGCGCCGUUGGUGACGGCUCCGUUACCAGUAUCGUCGACGCUGCACAUGGAAAUCCGCAUCAAGACCCUCAACGACCACACGUUCUCGCUCACGGUCGCCCGGUCGGUGUCGAUCCGCGACCUCAAAACCACGUUGCAGACCACGACGGCGGUGCCACCACAGCGCCAGCGACUCAUCUACCGAGGAAAGCUCCUCCGUGACGGCGACCUCCUCAGUGCGUACAAUGUCGAGGAUGGCCACACCGUGCACAUGGUGGCACGACCUGAUCGCGCGCAGCAACCGACUUCGCCCACUCCAUUGUCGUCGUCACGUUUGGCACCGCUUCACGACACCGCCGAGAUGCUUCAGUCGCGACUUGCUCGUCUCGACGCAUCGACGGCAAGUUCGCUCGCAACGAUGCGCCGACGGCUUGGCGUCGACUCGGGCUUUGCCACGUCCCUGCCCGCUGCCUCUCGCAUGCACCAUGAUCGUCUUGACUUUUUGCGGUCUCGAUACGGGCCGUCGGACUCGACACCAUCCAACGAGCCCGAGUCGGAAGCGUCCACGAUUGCACCACCGCCAUCUGUGGAGCACAUUCGCCAGGGCUUGUUGACGAUUCAAUCGAUGCUAUCGCUGCCAGCUACGCCGGUAGCAGCUGGGGAGCCAUCGCCACCAUCGCGGCAAUUCUUUGUUGGACAAUGGCUCGAUGUCAAGGACACGGUCAACCAGUGGCUGGAAGGCACGAUCCUCGAAGUAAAUGAGGACCAAGUGUUCGUCCAUUACCACGGGUGGCCGUCUCGGUGGGACGAGUGGAUCGAUCGCAAGUCGCCCCGCCUCGCGGCAUUCCGCACGAGAACGCUGCAUGGCGCAGGGACUUCGCGCCACUUGUCGCCGGCUCCAAUGCUCGCAUCUCAUCAACCCGCCGCGGGGUCGACCCAGACCACGAUUCGCACGUUGUUGCCGCAACUGCAGUCCGUCCUCCACGAGAUGCUUCCGUUCGUCAACGAAUUGGCGAGCGCUCUUGACGCGAACGUUCCGUCGGCGACUGAAGCCACCGACUCUGACGACGACAUGCCGGACGAUUCGUCGUCGCCACAAGUGCGCAAUCUCGUCGCGACGGUCGCCCCGUUGUUUGACCGCGUCGGGAGGCUCCUGGCAGAUGCCGCACCCGCCGUCCAGGCCAUUGCAGGCCAUCAAGACAGCGCCAGUCGUUCGACGCAUGGCUUGGACAUCCCGUCGUUCCGCGAGCUCAUUGCCGUGAGCGAGCUCGCGUCGCAUGCGUCGCCACAGCCGCUGCCUCGCCGCAGCAUUGACGUCCACAUCCACGCCAUUCUCGCACCCAACUCGUCGUCGUCGUCGUCCUUUGCCUCUGAGAUGGAUGGAAUUCAGCGGUGGCGGGAGCUGUCGGAGCGACUGUCGCAACCAUCGACGUCACUCCGACAUGCACGACGCGGUGGCGCCAUCGAGACGUCCCCGCCGUUGGUAGAAGAGCUGCCCGACACCAUCGACCGGUCCAACGCGUCUCCAUCACCCCUGGGAGACUUGUUGCCCGAGCUGCAACCGUUUGAAUCCCACCCCACGUCGAUGCCUUCGUCGUCCAUGCCGACGUUCCUCGACGUCAUUCGGCGCACCAUGCACGAUCUGACCCCAUCGACGGUGGCGUCGCAAAAUGCAUGGGCGGCCACCACCGCCGAUGCAAGCAUGCAAGUCGACAACAACGACGACGAUCUCGACGCGGUUGUGGCCGAGGAUAUUCAAGACAUGGAGUGAAAGCACUAGAACGGUCCAGUUGCAUAUUUGAUUUGUGUGGCAUGGAUGGUUAACAUGUGGGUAAGGCAAAGCGAGUGCAGAUGGUCGAGAUGACG